AUGAGCACACAUAGCUCACAUCAAGAAACCCCAAAAGGGGAGAUACCAUUUAAAGGAAUGGAGACUGGAAAAAGUUUCACUGAUAGUGGAAAACUUAGAAGACAUCAGCGGACUCAAAUGGGCAAGAAAGGAUUCCAAUGCAGGGAGUGUGGGAAGACCUUCAGUCAGUAUAGUAACCUUAAAUUACACCAGCAGACUCACACAGGGGAGAAACGUUUUAAAUGUAUGGAGUGUGGAAAGAACUUUACUUUCAAUGCAUCCCUUAGAACACAUCAACGGACUCACACAGGGGAGAAACCAUAUAAAUGUAUGGAGUGUGGAAAGAGCUUCAGUCAGAGUGGACACCUCAAUAUACAUCUACAAACUCACACAGGGGAGAAACCUUUUAAAUGUAUGGAGUGUGGAAAGAGCUUUACUUUCAAUGCAUCCCUUAGAAUACAUCAACGGAUUCACACAGGUGGAAAACCAUAUAAAUGUAUAGAGUGCGGAAAGAGCUUCAGUCAGAAUGGAAACCUUAAAUUACACCAGCGGAUUCACACAGGGGAGAAACCAUAUAAAUGUAUAGAGUGCGGAAAGAGCUUCAGUAAGAAUGGAAACCUUAAAUUACACCAGCGGACUCACACAGGGAAGAAACCAUAUAAAUGUAUAGAGUGUGGAAAGAAAUUCAGUCAGAAUAGUAACCUUAACUUACACCAGCAGACUCACACAGUGGAGAAACGUUUUAAAUGUAUGGAGUGUGGAAAGAGCUUUACUUUCAAUGCAUCCCUUAGAACACAUCAACGGACUCACACAGGGGAGAAACCAUUUAAAUGCAUUGAGUGUGGAAAGAGCUUUAGUCAGAAUGGAGACCUUAAAUUACACCAGCGGAUUCACACAGGGGAGAAACCAUAUAAAUGUAUGGAGUGUGGAAAGAGCUUCAGUCAGAGUGGACACCUCAAUAUACAUCUACAAACUCACACAGGGGAGAAACCUUUUAAAUGUAUGGAGUGCGGAAAGAGCUUUACUUUCAUUGCAUCCCUUAGAAUACAUCAACGGAUUCACACAGGUGGAAAACCAUAUAAGUGUAUAGAGUGCGGAAAGAGCUUCAGUCAGAAUGGAAACCUUAAAUUACACCAGCGGAUUCACACAGGGGAGAAACCAUAUAAGUGUAUAGAGUGCGGAAAGAGCUUCAGUCAGAAUGGAGACCUUAAAUUACACCAGCGGAUUCACACAGGGGAGAAACCAUAUAAAUGUAUAGAGUGCGGAAAGAGCUUCAGUCAGAGUGGACACCUCAAUAUACAUCUACAAACUCACACAGGGGAGAAACGUUUUAAAUGUAUGGAGUGUGGAAAGAGCUUUACUUUCAAUGCAUCCCUUAGAAGACAUCAACGGACUCACACAGGGGAGAAACCAUUUAACUGCCUGGAGUGUGGAAAGAGCUUUAGUCAGAAUGGACACCUCAAUAUACAUCUACAAACUCACACAGGGGAGAAACCAUAUAAAUGUAUGGAGUGUGGAAAGAGCUUCAGUCAGAGUGGACACCUCAAUAUACAUCUACAAACUCACACAGGGGAGAAACCUUUUAAAUGUAUGGAGUGCGGAAGGAGCUUUACUUUCAUUGCAUCCCUUAGAAUACAUCAACGGAUUCACACAGGUGGAAAACCAUAUAAGUGUAUAGAGUGCGGAAAGAGCUUCAGUCAGAAUGGAAACCUUAAAUUACACCAGCGGAUUCACACAGGGGAGAAACCAUAUAAGUGUAUAGAGUGCGGAAAGAGCUUCAGUAAGAAUGGAGACCUUAAAUUACACCAGCGGAUUCACACAGGGGAGAAACCAUAUAAAUGUAUGGAGUGUGGAAAGAGCUUCAGUCAGAGUGGACACCUCAAUAUACAUCUACAAACUCACACAGGGGAGAAACGUUUUAAAUGUAUGGCGUGUGGAAAGAGCUUUACUUUCAAUACAUCCCUUAGAAGACAUCAACGGACUCACACAGGGGAGAAACCAUUUAACUGCCUGGAGUGUGGAAAGAGCUUUAGUCAGAAUGGACACCUCAAUAUACAUCUACAAACUCACACAGGGGAGAAACCAUAUAAAUGUAUGGAGUGUGGAAAGAGCUUCGGUCAGAGUGGGCACCUCAAUAUACAUCUACAAACUCACACAGGAGAGAAACCAUUUAAAUGUAUGGAGUGCGGAAAGAGCUUUACUUUCAAUGCAUCCCUUAGAAAACAUCAACAGACUCACACAGGGGAGAAACCAUUUAACUGCCUGGAGUGUGGAAAGUGCUUCAGUCAUAAUGGAAGCCUUAGAACACAUCAACGGACUCACACAGGGGAGAAACCAUUUAAAUGUAUGGAAUGCGGAAAGAGCUUCAGUCAGAAUGGACACCUUAAAUUACACCAGCGGACUCACACAGGGAAGAAACCAUAUUAA